AUGUGAGUGAGUGAGUGUGUCUCGUCAGGGCCAAUGAUAGCGGUAUGGUGCUGGCUGUGGGCAGGCUGGGGGAGAACUGGAACACUGCCUUUCUGUAGUACAACACAAUAUUAUUUUGUCAGGGGAACUAAUGCUGACUGUACCUGGAGUGGAUAGAGGCGCGAAGCUUAGAGCAGGAGAAAAGGGAGCAAUCCUUUCCCAAUGUGGCCCGAACCGAGUUGAAGAAAGGCGCAGUAUGGAGCUGAAGUGAGCGAGAGAGCCUCCUGCAUGCAUGGAUGUGUUUAGCUUUGUGAAGAUCGCUAAGCUCUCGGGCCACAGAAGCAAGUCUUCAAACUGGUUACCUUCUCCACCGAUCUGGAACUCUUCUCCGGGGCUUCCCUAUGGAUGGGAGAUGGCCACUACAAAGGACGGCAGAGAUUACUACAUCAACCAUGUGACCCAGUCGACGAGCUUUGAAGACCCUCGAUUGGAGGGAAGCCAGGUCGUACAGCCAACCACUCGGAAGAUCGAGAUGAAGCGGGAUCCAGUGCUGGGCUUUGGGUUCGUAGCGGGCAGUGAGAAGCCAGUUGUUGUGCGUUCUGUUACACCAGGUGGGCCCUCUGAAGGCAAGCUGAUACCGGGAGACCAGAUAAUAAAGAUAAAUGAUGAACCUGUCAACACAGCUCCCAGAGAGAGAGUCAUUGACCUCGUUAGGAGCUGCAAGGAAUCAAUCAUUCUGACAGUCGUUCAACCAUAUCCUUCUCCCAAGUCGGCCUUUAUGAGCGCUGCCAAGAAGGCGAGGUUGAAGUCCAAUCCUGUGAAAGUCCGCUUUUCCGAGGAAGUGAUCAUCAAUGGCCAAGUGCCGGAGACUGUCAAAGAUAAUUCCCUACUGUUCAUGCCGAAUGUUUUGAAAGUUUAUCUUGAGAAUGGACAAACUAAGUCAUUUCGAUUUGACAACAGCACAACAAUGAAGGAUGUGAUCCUGACCCUUCAGGAGAAACUUUCCAUCAAAUGCAUCGAACAUUUUUCUCUGAUGCUGGAGCAGCGCAUCGAAGGGGAACCAACCAAACUACUUUUGCUUCACGAUCAGGAGACCCUUACUCAGGUAACGCAGAGACCAGGCUCCCACAAGAUGAAGUGUCUUUUCCGAAUCAGCUUUGUUCCAAAGGACCCCAUCGAUCUGCUACGGAGAGAUGCAAUUGCUUUUGAAUAUUUGUAUGUCCAGAGUUGCAAUGAUGUGGUGCAGGAGCGGUUUGGGCCUGAGCUGAAGUACGACGUGGCUCUCAGACUCGCUGCUCUGCAGAUGUAUAUCUUGACUGUCAGCACCAAGCAAUCCCAGAAAGUCUCCCUCAAGUACAUCGAGAAAGAAUGGGGCCUUGAAACCUUCCUCGCUCCCAUGGUUUUACAAAGCAUGAAAGAGAAGAAUGUGAAGAAAGCGCUGACCCACAUCCUGAAAGCAAACCAAAACCUUGUUCCUCCUGGCAAAAAGCUCUCUGCAUUACAAGCGAAGGUGCACUACUUGAAGUUUCUCAGUGACUUGCGUUUGUAUGGAGGCAGAGUUUUUAAAGCCAUACUGGUGCAUGGAGAGAAGCACUCUGAAGUCACUUUAUUAGUGGGACCAAGAUAUGGAAUAAGCCAUGUAAUCAAUGCAAAAACACACCUGGUGGCCCUGCUGGCUGACUUCAGCCAUGUGAACAAGAUCGAGAUGUUCUCAGAAGAGGAAAACAAUGUGAGAGUUGAACUGAAUGUGCUGGAUGUCAAGCCCAUUAUUUUAUUAAUGGAGUCAACGGAUGCGAUGAACCUUGCCUGUUUGACAGCUGGAUAUUACAGGUUGUUAGUGGACUCUCGGCGCUCCAUAUUUAAUAUGGCUCAUGGCAAAUGCACCGCAAAUCAUGCACCAGGCCAUGAAUACAAGACCAAACAUAACACGCACAACAUAGAAUGGAACUAUCUACCAAAGAGUUCAUGCUAUAUCAGGCCUAAGAAAGAAGAUUGCCAAUUGUCGUCCAUUAGAGAAAUGAAACAAGAAAAUGUAGAUUACUCAGAUGGUUCAAUUUACCAUGAAGAUUCCAGGGGCAUCUUGAUAACUGAGAUUGCAGAUGUGAUUGAGCAUGGUCAUCUCGGGGCUGAAUAUAUGGACACCGUAGAAACUGAACACAAUGUUUUUAGCAGAAUGUCUUCCUCUGUGAAGGAAUCUACCAAAUCAGUGCAGGAAUCUCCAAGAGGAGCAAAAGUAUCCUUUGUGUUUGAGGAUCAUAAUGUUGCUAUCUUUAACCCAAGAAACCUUGGUUAUGAAAGAUUGCUGGAUGAUAGUCCCAGCAAUUUGCAGCAACCGAUGUACUUGAAUAGUGCAGGUGACAUUAAAUGCCCAGAGUACUCAUUCCCAGGGAUUGAUGUGGAUAAUAUUGACACGACUGCCGUGUAUGCAAACAUCAAUGAUAGCAGGAUGUUUGCAAAUGCAGAGAGCAUUGAGGAACCGUUGCUGCAUGACAUCUGCUAUUCGGAGACCACAGAUGACGCUGAGGACGAAGAUGAAGCUAGUUGUGAGGAGGAUAUCCUGCUGGGGGAGUUGGACAAAACUGACAUUCUGAACAUUUCUGGAUCGAACGAUGACAUAAUUGACUUGACUUCGCUCCCUCCCCCGGGGGGUGACGAUGAUGAUGAAGAUGACUUUCUGCUUCACACUCUGAACAUUGCAAUAGCCGCCCCUCCACCUGGCUUUCGAGAUAACAGCUCAGACGAAGAAGAUAGCCAGCAUCAGCCAGCACAAAGCCCGGGAAGCACCAGCCAAAGCAAGCGUUCGCCAAGCGACGACAUCCCUGUGUCUAUCAUCGACGCUAUCCCAACGCAGGCUGAAGGGCAGAACGGAGAGCAGGCUCUGGAUGAUGCUAUGGUCUCAACCCUGCAAGCACUGGAGGAGCUGGCAGCCUCCGAGGAGCAGUCUGUUCAGCAAACGGAUGGCACCUCAGGUGUAGUGAUAUUAAGAGCUUAUAGUCCGGAGUCGUCUUCGGAUUCUGGCAAUGAAACAAACUCCUCUGAAAUGACUGAAAGCUCUGAGGUAGCCUCAGCACAGAAGCACUCUGAGGGCUCCAUGCAUAUGCUUGUGGCCACUAGUGAAGGCUACCAACAACUGCAAGAAGAGCAAACUGAAUUCCCAAUAUCUCAGAACGAGAAUAUAGGGCCCACUUGCAAGUUGAUUCCAAAAGUCAUGCACUGCCUGGCUGCCCAGCGAGGGAGCAGUGCAAAGUCUAAGGUUGUGCCUUCGAAACAGAUUCUUCCUUCCGAGGAGAUCGAAAUGGAACCCGAAACAAUGGAGACAAAAUCGGUCACGGACUACUUCAGCAAACUUCAGGCGGGAUCUCUGAUGUAUUCCUGCCCGAGUAAGCAGAAGUGCAAGUCGGGGGACGCCAGCGCCAAGUUAGCGGCUGACGGGAGUGUAUCAAUGAAAAGGCAACAAGCAAACAAAAAGACAGAAGUGGGCGAGGAUCUGUCGAGUAACAGUAAAUACAAUACGCUGGUCGGAAAGACUAGCCAUCGCACAACUACCUAUGACUUAGAGAGCACCACUUUCCGAAAAGAGACACAAAGGUGGUUUCAGGUUUCAGGAGAAAAAGUGCCUGAUAAGCAUUUCCCAGGGUUAAUUAACGGUAAGAGUUUUCACAAAGCCUGCUUAGUUUCCAGAAAUGAACUUGAAGAGAAGGUAGCUGAUAUGGAAAUGGACGAUCAGUGCUCCCUGGCCAGCACCUCAGGGCUUGGGCGCGAUGAAAGCUUUCUGUCUGAUACCACCUACACGUCUUCAACCAAACAUCUGACGGAUUCAGAAGAGGCGGAGCUUUUCCCUGACGAUCAGUCGUCAGAGCUGCCCGAAGCUGAGCAGAGUGUGAGUCGACUUUGUGAAUACCACAUGACAAAGAGAAUGUCUUCUUUACAAAGCGAGGGCCAUUAUUCCUUGCAGAGCUCCCAAUGCUCUUCAGUCGAUGUGCCCUGCAGUACAGGCAGCAGUGCAUGCACCACUCCAGUGGAUUCCCCUCACUGUACAGCUGAGAUCAACAACAUACUGUCAGAAUCUUCUCUGAAAGGUCUUGGCUACAUUUCAGAUGACCAGCGAACAGUUUUGCUUCAAAACCAUGGAACGUCGUAUAAAGAUCUGCAGCCCCAAGCUGAAGCCAUGUGUCACAGAAGAACAGCCCAUAAAGUACAUGCGUCUUCAAAUGCUGAUCCAAUAUUUGGUACUAUACGUGAUGGGUGCCACCGAGUACCCAAGAUUAAAGAAACCACAGGUACCUCACGAAAUGGCAAUAAUAUUUGCACAGGUUUUGAGCUGCGGAAUUUAGACUUGGAAAGUAAGAGAGACAGUGAAGGAAAUGGUUAUGUUCAAGGUCAAGAAGCUAGUUCCCCUAUGUCAGUCCCAUCUCAUGAAGUUAGCUCUGAAAAUUGUAAUACAGAUAUGGUAAAGAGAACAUAUAAACACAAAGUUGAUGUCGGUUGCCACUCAUCGCAAAGAAUUAUUCCCGGCACAUUCGCUGAUCUUACAAGCACACCAAUCACUUUCAUGAAUGAAAAUGAUUGUGUUAAUGAUAAUAGGAUUUUUUCUAAGCCUCGUAGGUCUAACACGUUAACAUUUCCAUCAUUCAUCUCAACGUCAAAAGAGCCAGGCCAUGUUAGACACCAGGAAUUGUUCACUUUGAGUAAACAAAAUAAACAACCAAGGCAUUCACUGUGUAACUUUAGAAAUAUCUUGUUCGCAUCGUUACCAUCUAAAUUGAGGAGAGAGAAUGAGUUAGCUAAACAGAGGACGCAGAAGGCUGGGGAGCAUGAGGAAACAUGUAAUGGGGAGGAGAGACCCCAUUUUGAUAGACCAGUGGGUCUACGAGGCCCAUACACUGAGCACUAUCCCAGUUUGGGUAGAGGAGCUGCCAGUGAGAAUGAUAAGGAUCUGCCUGGAGGUUUUCAUGAAAAGCAGUUCUCUGCCGAGGACAAGCAGUGCAACCCAGAUUGUAAAUUGCAGCAUGUUGUCAAGGAGAUGCUUAAUGAUUCUCUGUGUUUUUCUGCCACCCCUAGUGUAGCUUGCACAGAACCUGAGCAAGGAGGAAGAGGAGGUGCAACUUCAGCUUUCAGUAAUCAAUUCAAAGGCGACAACAUCCCCCAGCCAUCAAAUACUUGCAAUGAUACAAAGGUGCCAACUACCUGCCAAGAGUCAUCUAAUCUUCUCAAAGAAGGACAAGGGUAUUCAGCACCACUUAAUAGGAGGAACGGUGAGGGUGGUGGAGGGAGCCUUAAAUUUCCUCCCAGCAAAAAGGUGCUGAGGCGUUGCAGCAGUAACGUCACACCACGAAUGAGAAGCACAGCAACCCAACUAGAAAAAUCACGGAGCUUCAUUGGAUUCCAAUACUCCGAUCUCCAUGAGGUUCCCAACCCCCAACUUGUACAGAAGAGCGUAGAGCUUCCUCUGGGCAAGAGCAUCUCCAAGAGCCACUCUCAAGGAUCGGUGACGACCAAUGCAACAUGCUGCACCACCACAGUAAACAGAAAGGAUGGUCGGAGAUCAUUGCAGAUAUUUUCGGUACAAAAGGACUUGAGACAACCUCGGGCAUCGCCUUUCCCGAAGGUGGAGGUGAGCAACUGGAAGUGCCGUGGGCCUUUCACCUACUGUUUUCCCAAUAGAGAUGCCGAUGCUGAUGAUGAUGGUGAUGGUGGUUACGGCAGCAAGGACCAAUUACCUUACAUGGAUCCUCUCUCCUCCGACUCACCCUCAGCAACCUGUGCAUCCUCUGGCUCUGGCAUUGCGGGGGGAGUAGUGGGGGUGACCGCCACACCAUAUAGAGAUGCUGGUAACGGCAGUAACACAGAGCAACAACACGCAGACGCCAACCUUUGUGGGGUGGGAUUUGACAGUAGGAUCGUGAUUAACACUCUGAAGGACAUGGCGUACACAUUGCCAGGUGGAUUUUUGGCAGCUCAGAAAGAUGCCAAUGAACUGCUGUCUCUCCUCCAGGCAAGCAAUGGGAAGAAAGAGCGGGCGAAACCAGGCCACCACCAAUACAAGCAACUGUUGCCAAUUGAAUCACUGGAGCUGGGGAGUGCUUGCAGGAAAAUGGCCGCGGCGAAAAAAAGCCCAGAGGAAAUGCUCUUAGCUAUGACUUCCAGCUUCCAAGUACUGUGUUGCUCAACAGAAGCCUGCAUGCGAUUAGUUAAAGUAAUGAAUUCUGAUACACAGCAACAGGAAAUCGUUGCUAAGGUAGACGAGGUUGUAAUGAACUAUACUUGCCUAUUGAGAGCUGCUGAAGCGAUCUCUGGAGUAGCCCCCCCCCCCCCCAUCGACCCUCAUGUUAAGGUUUUAGCACGACAUUCAACUACCAUGACCGCUAUCGUAAGCACACUAACCCAUUCACUUCAAAUGCUUUUAAAUAAAUAACAUGCAAAUUGUACUUUAAAAUGUACCCUUGUAAAGCCAUUCAUAGAGUUUACUUCAAGUUUGGGCCACCACAUGGAACUGCUAUUAAAGAAACUGGGUUUUAUAUGGAUGAGCCUGUGGGAUAUUAAGAAGUUAUACAACUAAAUCUAUUAGGACUGAAAUGCAAUUGAAACACCCUUUCUAAUGGCAAAGAAAUAUAGAAAGCAAUGGUAUAAAAUUUAGUUAUUUUUCAUAUGGUACCUGAAUGUCAGAAAGACUUAGUGCCCAAAUCAGAAGUGUCAAUGUCCCCUAGAACUACAACUGCCAUGGGAUGAGAGGUUGGGGUAAGGGUGGUGGGAGGAAAACUACACUGGUCUCACAUGUGAUACUGCGUCACUCUGUAAAUAAUAAAGUAUUAUCUAAAGUUUUAAAGUAUGCUUUUUAAUCAAUGCAAACUAUAUACACAAUAAACAAUCAAAUCAAUUCA